AUGGCAACUUCUAACCUUAUGAAUAAUUCUUUGAUUAUCUCAGGUAGCUCUUAUUGUUUAAUGUUGAUUGCUUUGUCUACUCUCCUAAUUUGUUCACUUCAAUUGAUGGAUGAUGUAUCAGAUUCAGAAAUUCCCUUUUUUUUUGCAGAUGUUGAAAAGAAAGUGGAAAGAAUCUUGAAGCUCAUCAAGAGGAGAAACGAAGUGAAAAAGGAGCCAGAACUUGUUGCACUUGUUGAGGACUUUCACAAACACUACCAGUCACUCUGUGCCCAGUAUGAUCAUCUUAAACAAAAGUCAGGUGAGAAAACUCUCGAUGGAAAAGGAAAUGAAAGUUCUUAUCAUGCCUUUGGCUCGGAUUCAGAAUAUUAUUCCUCCGUGGAUAUAAAAAUCAACACUGCAUUUAAUAACAAUAGAAGUUCCCAUAGAAGGAUCGCGGGCAACAUGGAGGAGGAACUUAAAAGGGCAUACGCUGAAGUUGCUGACCUGAAGCAUCAAUUGGCCUCUAAGACAGAAGAGAAGGAAGCUUUAGCUUCAGACCAUCUAGCCGCUUUAAGUAAAAUACAAGAAAUAGAAACCAUUAACAGAGAUGUGAGAAAAGAAGUGAAUGAGACAGAAAAUAGACUUUUUGCUCUUGGAAAGGUGCAUAAGGAACGAGUAACAGAGCUAGAGGAGCAGUUAACAGGCUUGAAAACUGAGCUGGAAUCUCUGCACCGCCAGAAAAGAGUUAUUGAAGCUCAGCUUAAUGGUAAGACAGCUGAAACUAAACGGCAAGGAGAGACAGAUAAGUCUCUGCAUAUGCAGAUUUCGAAGGAAGGAGAUGAGGUUACUAAACUCAUUCUGCAAAUCAAGGACAACGAGAACAAUUUAACAUCUGAAAUUGAUGAUUCAAUGGCACUGGCUAAUAAUCUGAAAAAGGAGGUGGACUAUUUAUGUUCCCAAAAAUGUGAAGCUGAAGGAAUUAUAGCAUGCAAAACUAAUGAGUCAUUUGAUCAGGCAAAUAUAAUGAAGCAGGAAUUGGAUUCUAUACGCAGCCAGAAAAUGGAAUCAGAAAUUCUUCUCGAGAGGAAAUCCAAAGAAAUCUCUCAGCAUCUGAUUCAAGUGAAAACCCUGAGAGAGGAAUUAGCAAGAAAGAAUACCGUUGAGCAGAUAAUGGUAGAAGGAAAAAAAUGCUUACAGGUGCAGUUGAUGGACUCGGAAUCAGAGGUGGAUGUUCUACGCAAGCAGCAAAAAAAAUCAGAAGAUGAAGAGAGGAGUAAUAUUUGUAAAAUCAAUCAAUUGAGAGAGGAAAAGGGUCGCCUGAAUGCUAGAAUUCUAGAAUUGGAAGCAAUAUUGUGUGAGAGAGGCCUUGAGAUUUCUGCUUUUGAGGAGGACAGAAAAAGUAAAAGGAUUAAAGAAACUUCUCAGAUUAUGACCUUGAAUGCGGAGGUUGAACUUCUGCAACAGAAGUUGGAUUCCAUGAAGAUGGAGAAAAGCAAGUUGGAGUUGCAGAUUGCGGAUCAGCAGAGAAUCGCUAAAGAAAGAGAAGAAAGCACCAACAAAUCUAUGGAGUCUAAAUCUAAGCUGAUCAGACGAGUGUUGUCAGGAUCCAAUUUAAAUUACCAUGCCCUAGAAAGAAAGAUGGAGGAUUUAGCACAAGAGUUCCAAAAGAAAGCUGAAGAUAACAUCCGUCUUUUGUAUCAGAGGAUCACAGUUGCUGAAAAAAUACAUGAUGAAAACAAGGAAAUUCACAAGAAAAUAAAAGAAAAGCUAGAGCAAGAAAAUGAAGCACUCGAACAAAAGCUUGCCACUUAUGAAGCUGAGUUCAGGAAGUUGUGGGGUACAACGGAGCCAGGCAAAACAGCAGCGAGCGGAUUGAAUUCAGUGAUUAAUAAGUUAGAAGACGAUGGAAAUUCCCUGACCCACAUUUCAAAAGUCGCAGCUGAGCUUGUUUCUACAAUUGACUGCGACACAGGCAGGGAAAAUGGAAUAAAACAGCUGAAUAGUAAUGUGGAUUUAGUGGUAGCAGAAAUGGAAAAGGAAAACGAGUUGUUGGGGGAGAAAGUUUUGAAUUUGGAAGCUAAAUUGAGGGAGGAAGGAGAAGAAAAGUUGAACCUGUCGAAAGCUGUGAGUGAGCUUGAGAAUAGAGUGGGAGAAUUGGAAAAUAUGAAGAAAGAAAAGGAUGAGACAUUGUUGGGUCGUGAAGAAGAGAAGAGGGAAGCCAUAAGGCAGCUCUGCCUCUUGAUUGACUACCAUCGCAGCCGCUGUGACUACCUCAAGGAAUUGAUCUCCAAGUUGACUGAUUGAAGCAAGAAAAAGACAUGAACUUGCCUAUAGUCAGCUAUUUCCCCAUUGCACUUUCUUUUCUUGUGCACAUUGAUCCAAAUCUUAAUAUUCAAUCAUUUUAGAGAAAGGUAACACUGUCCGAACUGUUACUAGUAUUACAUUUUUUUGUUGACAUAAAUCUCAAAAUUUUCAUUAAUUUUUGUUAA